AUGGACGGUAACAUUGCAGUGGUGGAGCGGGGGAACAAACGGGUUCAGAUAUUCGAUGCCAGGACUGGUCAGUCACUUCGGUGUUUCCCGGUGGAUGGUGGGCGUCCAUGGGGCAUGGACAUGGACUGUAAUGGACAGUUUGCUGUGACUUUUCAUGACGACGUCUUCUCCACUGGCAACCGAGCAAUCAGUGUGUACUCACAGGAAGGAAAACUCACAAAGACCCUAAAACCUGACUGUUUACGAGAUCCAUGUGGAGUUGCAGUUCUGCAGGACGGCCGCAUGGUGGUGGUGGACCGCGCACAGCAGUCCUGUCUCCUCCUGCAGCCUGACGGGAGCCUCAUCCGGGACAUCGGCAGGGGCCUGUUACAGAACCCAUGGUUCAUAGCGGUAGACGAGUCACGUGGUCUGUUCCUUGUCACUGAUAUCUCUGCUGAUCAAGUGUUUGUGUUUGACCUUGAGGGGAGGCUGAAGUUCAGCUUUGGUAAGACAGAGGGAGAGCUCAUUGGACCAAUAGGGAUAACAGUAGACCCGGCAGGUAACAUCAUUGUAGUGAACGGUGAUAACUGCCGUCUGCAGGUGUUCGGGCCAGACGGGACGUACCUGAGAACUGUGGCCACAGUGAAGGGAGACAGCCCCCACGGAAUCGCGCUGACACCGGAUAACCACAUAGCUGUAGCGUGUUUUAGUGGACAUUGUGUCGAGUUGUACAGGUACAAGUAG